AUGAAUUCGUAUUUACAUUUUGUGUUUGGAUUACUGUCAGUUAUAUUGGUAUGUGAAGCUAAUGAAGACAGGACGUGUGUAGAUGGCUGUAAAUGCACUGAUAACACGGUAAGAUACAGUAAAACAUCAAGUUUCAUUUUUUAAUUUAUACAUUUAAAAAAAAUGAAAGUCCAACGACCAUGAACAAUAUAAAGACCACUAUAAGCUAGAGACGUUUUUUAUGGCCAAAGAAAAAACAAAAAUUAUGCGAAUUGGCUUAGUUAUAACGGCCGAAAACAGACAAAAGAUAUACGAAGAAUUUACUCUCGGUUGACUUGUUGUUAGUUAGCGUAAACAGUAAAUGGAGGGCACAUUAUAAAAAUAAAAUGUAUAUGGGAAAACAAGAAACCGACAGUAAAUGGUACUAUAAACAAUAAUAAAGGGGGGAGAGGUGUAACUUUAAGGAUUUAAAGUGAAGACUUGCAUAAUUAAAAAUACAACAUAAAGUAACGUUAUUGAGAAAAUAGUUACCGUAAGUAUAGAAGACUGUAUAGAAGACAACACACUAUAAUAUAGCACCUAGCUCAGAGCCCUAGCCCUAACCCAGAGCCCUAGCAAAGAGCCCUAGCCCAAAGCUUUAGCCUAGAACCUAACCCCAAAGACCUAGUCCAAAACUCUAACCCAAAGCCAUAGCCCAGAGCCCUAGCCCAAAGCUUUAGUCCAGGGCCCCAACCGAGAGGCCUAGCUCAAAGCCUUAGCCCAAAGUUCUAGCCCAGUGUCUUAGCUUAUAGCUCUAGAUUAGAUCCCUAGCCGAGAGCCCUAGUCCAAAGACGUAAACAGAAGCCUUAAUUCUAGUUUUGACUCUAGUUCUAGUCUAGCUCCACUUUACUAGUUAUACCUUAUCUGUUACCUCCUUUACCCUCCGUUGGUUUUAUUGUUGCCAAUAUCAAUAUCUUAUGUUAGAUCUAUUCUUAGAAUUACAGACAAAUACAUAAUCUAAAAGAAUAUAAACUUAUUAUACAAUUUAUAUCUUUACAAUAAUGUAAUUAUAACUAAAUAUGUCAUAGUAAACAAACAAACAAUGCUAUUUUUUAACAAAUAAAAAAACUUUUUUUAGCUAGAGUGCUACGAACUAGAACUAGAGCGAAUCCCAGCGGAAUGGCCGGGCUAUUUCGAGAAGAUUACAUUACGGAAUUGUACGAUCACAACACUCGAAAAGAACUCGUUUCGACGUUUUACCGAGCUGGAAGAGUUGAAGAUCGAAAACUGUCCCAAAUUGGAUGUAAUCGACAAAUAUGCUUUCAAGGGGCUUCAGAAGUUAAAGUAGGAUUUUUGUGAAAUUUGACCUUCUUUUUCAAAAUUAAAAAAAAUAAAAAUGAAAUUUUGUUUUUUUAUUUUUUAAUUUUUUUUUCAAAUUUAGGUUUACAAAAUAUUACAUACUUUAAGCAAAAAAUUUUUUUAAAUACUGUUUCAGGCUCCUCCACAUUGUAAAUAAUCCAAAACUACGGGAAUUACAUAGAUUUUCAUUUUCAUCUAUCGGCAAUCAAAAUCCACUACGAAUCAUAUUGAAAAACAAUGGCAUUGAAAAGAUACAUGCCUAUGCGUUCAAGUAAGUUAUUGUCAUAAUAUGAUCUGUAAAGGGGAAGAUCAAUAUUUUUGGUUUCACUCUUUUUAAUUUUGUUUUUACUUUGGUUGGGCUUUUUCAAUUUUUUGGCUUGGUUUGGCCUAGAUUUUUAGGUCUAGACAUAAUAACAGAAUUUUAGGCUUUCUUGACAAUUAACGAAUUAUUUUUGUAAAAUACGUCGUUUACGUUGUGUUCUAACAGAACUUUCUUUGAUAUGACUCUGGUUAGUAAUUCACUCUAAUUAAAUACCACUUUGGUCUAGUCCUUAAGUGUCUUGCUAAAGGCUGUAAUAUACAUUUUCAGAAACACGCACAACCUUCGUGAGCUUCACAUUGAAGAUCGUUGUUACACAGUAGAACCCAAUGGCUUAUCAUCAAUAUCGCGGCUAGAUUUCUUUACACUUAAAGGCGUUUGCGUUUUAUCACUAAACUCAUUUUCAAAUACCUCUAGAAUUCACAACUUAUCAAUUCUCGACUCGACUUUUACUUUGUCCAACGGCAUUUUUGACCAAUUAAGUCAUGUUAAUCAGGUGAGUGAUUGCCUAUAUAUAAGUAUGUAGUUGAGCUUUGUCAUCUAAAUUUAGACAGCGAAGAUAAUGUGGAUUAUAGUGGGCGGGUAACUGUUUUUACAGUAAGGAUUUUUUUUGUUUUAAUCUUGAUCAGUGACGCUUGAAUCCUUAAAAAAACUAAAAGACAUGAUCAAUUUGAAAUUAUUUUGAUGACUUUAACAUAUAAGACAUUUUUUGAUGACAUUUUAUAAGCUUGACAAAUGACAAACCGCAUAGAUUGACAAAUGGAAGAGGACUUGAAAUAUUUGAUAUGUAAUCGGAUAUGUAUGGCUAAAUUUAAAAAAAUUCAAAAAAAAAUUAAUUUUAAUUUUUAAAAUUACAAAUUAUUUGCCUUUGCCUUGUCUUGUCUUGUUUGCCCGGCCUUUCCAAUAAAUGUGAAAAAUUUUAAAUUUUGUAAAAUACGCCGUUGUAUCUUCUUUAAUUUCAGAUCCAAAUCCGUGAAUGUCGAAUAGGCAAAUUGGAAGAGAACACGUUUUCGGGUCUUUUCACGGUGGGAAGUCUUCAGAUUCAGACAACACAAAUUGGUCGUGUUUCUCCUCGAGCCUUUGUCGGAAUGGAGAACGUGGGUGUUCUGUUGAUAAGCUAUGUCACAAUAAGAGAACCCAUGGACACACCGGAGUGUUUGAUGCACACAGCACACAAGCUGAUGUUCAGUGAAAACACGUUACAUUGUAGCUGCGAGAUGCAGUGGAUUCAGUUUUAUAAGGUAAGUUGAAGGCAAAUGACAAGAACUUUCUUUACAAAGCAAAAAACCGCAAGAACUUUCUUUACAACACAGAAAAUGGCAAGGACUUUCUUUACAAAGCAAAAAACCGCAAGAACUUUCUUUACAACACAGAAAAUGGCAAGAACUUUCUUCAAAAACUCUAAAAAUCCUUUCAGGAUCAAGUAAUCCUCUCCGAGAACUAUUGUGAUAGAAGCGAAGCCUUCAAAGCCCUAGCCUACUUUAAACCCUUAGGCUGUGAACCAUUAACUACAAAAGAACCGGAACCAGUUAUUGUCAAGGUAAAACCCACAGUAUCAGCUGUUUUCGUACCCGAUAGUAUUCGAAAAACUCAGCACGAGAUCUCAGCCAGCUCACAUUCUGUUUUGUCAUUAUUUUCUGUCAUUGUCUUUCUUGGCUUUGCAUUUUAA